UCUCCACCUCUCUCUGUGCGCGCGAGGCUUCACCAAACCUCGGCUCUCUAAUUCGCUCAGUCGCGCCGCGCGCUCCGUUGGUGUGGCUCGCUCUUCUUCCUCCUCGUGCGUAAGAGCGCGCCGAUGGCCAUGUUCAAAGAGAUGCAGUUGUGAUAACGCAACGUUCUGAGAACCCGCGAUGCGCUGCCGAACGGACCCAUAGGCGCUCCAUUGGAUGUGUGUGCAACAUCUCAGUUUGACAUAACAUUUAAUCCGAUAUAUUUCAGGUAUAGAGUGAAGACUUGAAGAUUAUCGGCGCAUGCGUUGGUUUUCUCGAGAAAAUGCCAAUCGCCGCGGAUGGCGGUGAAUUGUCGUUUGGAUGUAUGUUCCUGGACUCCUGAUUACACCAGCGUUUGCCUGUCUUUCCUCCUGUUUCGGUUACGCAUGCAAUUGAGCGAAGGUGCAAAAGCACCAUGAAGGGGAAAUACUUUAUCCUGGGCUACUUGUUGGUCAAAGUUAUGGCCCUUGUAUGCAAGGCGGACGGCGAGCCGGGCUUGCUGGGGGGGUUCGUCAUGAUCACCACCUCCAACGGAUCCAGGGAGGAGGAAAGCGUGUCGGAGGAGACGCCGCACACGGAGGAGGAAUGCCGGGGUUACUUCGACGUGAUGGGCCAGUGGGACCCGCCGUUCAUUUGCAAGACCGAGAAUUACCUUUACUGCUGCGGCACCUGUGGCUUCCGAUUCUGCUGCUCGUACAAACACUCGCGCUUGGACCAAAGCACCUGUAAGAACUACGACACCCCGGUGUGGAUGAAGACCAGGGAGACCCCGUUCAAGAAGAUCAACAAGCUGCACGACAGCACCAAAGACAAAACCAACUUAAUCGUUUACAUCAUCUGUGGAGUAGUGGCUAUCAUGGCUCUUGUGGGUAUUUUUACCAAACUGGGUCUGGAGAAGGCUCACCGACCGCAAAGAGAGAACAUGUCCAGGGCCGUCGCCAGCGUUCUCCAGGGCGGAGCUCCGGGUGAGCAGUUUCGGGGUAAGGACCCCCCGGGGAUGCAUUCUCAGCACUUUGUUGCCAAGGCCACUAACCUCCGUGAGUUGCUCUGCCACUGUUUUUGGACAGCUCAUUACUGGUCUGGGGUGAAUUGUUGGUUGACCUACAUCAGUGUUCUGUUGGAAGUGAUGAUUGUCGCGGGGUGUUAAUUGUGUCGGCAUGAACAGGGGCAGUUGGUGUGAGUAUAAAGACACGGAUAUGUUGAGAGUCGUUGAUAGACGCAGUCGGGGAUAGGCCGACUGAGUUUAAAGUAAAUUAGCCUAUUGUAGUCGAAUUUAGAGUCAGAAGGGGGCAGCCGUGGUAACUAACCAUGAUGACAUAAUUUGUUGCUAAUAAAUAUUUGCACAAAGAAAGUGGAUUGAGAUGAUGCCUACAUUGUUGCCACUAAACAUUUCUCUUGAUUAUUUCUUGAGGCAUGCUGGUAUAUAAGCACUGGUAGCUAGCCAACCCUUUCAUAUACACAAAGCACAGACGGCUGCUCCAUGUGGUUUCUGAUGUGCUUUUCGAAUCCGUUGGUUAUUCGCCGGUAUAUUUUUAUCUUAUGCCCACAUGUGAUAACAAGUGUAGAGAGAGAGAACUUGAAAGACAGUGUGCGUGUGAAUGUGUGAGAGGAACAAGCCUGAUAUGGUGAAGCGGUGAAGAAACGAGAGAGCGAUAGAGUGAGAGAGACAGACAGAGAGAGGGAGACAGAUUGAAAGAAUGCAACUGAAAGAGAGCGAAGACAUGGGCAUAGAUGUGGACCUGUGUGUGUGUGUGUGUGUGUGUGUGUGUGUGUGUGUGUGUGUGUGUGUGUGUGUGUGUGUGUGUGUGUGUGUGUGUGUGUGUGUGUGUGUGUGUUGAAUAUGAAUAUGAAUCUGAAUGCCAUCUAUUUCUGUUACGUCCCGUGGGCUGCUACAGUACAGUUUUUUUGGUAAGCUUUGUGUCUUUACACCAGAACAUCAAACAACUAAGAAGAACGCAGACACCAACAUCAGGCAGUUAAUCUCAUAUUUAGCCCUCAAAAGGUUUCUUACAAAAAAUAACAUCAUUGAGCGAAAGCGAAAUUAUUGCAAUUCGGUGGUCAUUAUUCACUGAUCUCCAGAGAGCCUUUCCAGAAACCAGACUGGAAACGCUAAGUCCACAGCAGGAAGAGAAAGGACGGAUGUAUCUAAGCACCUCCCACUCAAAGUGUUCAAUUU